ACAAGGUUUAAUAAACCACCAAUUCCUACGUAGGGUACAUCACCUCCCUACGUAGGUUCACUAACUAAUUCCCUAGGCCCCCCCCGGAUCCCUGGAACCGGUCAUCUUGUCUUUUUUUUCCCCCAUUUUUUGGCGAAUCCAAACACGCUCCCCACUACAACCUUAGACCACAGACGCGCCUGAAUUGCCAACGAAUCUCCUCCAGUCAACAAUUCCCACAAUCUUUUUCUAUAAGCAGUCGCACACCUUUUCUCGGGCGGGAAUGGUCGCAUCGCAUUGAACUCCAAUCCCACAUGUCACCAUCUAGACUGCCCUUAAUGGAGACUUCAGAUAACAACGCGACAUCCUCACCCGCGUCCGCUCCUGAUAAUUCGCGACGAAGAUCGGGACGCGUUGUAAGGGCCCCUCAGAAAUUCUCCCCUGAACCGAAUUCGUCGCAGAACGACCAGACAUCGUCAAAGCGCAAGAGGGGCCCCGACCGCGAUGAAGAGGAUGCCGAAAACGAGUCACCUGUCGAGGAAGAUGAUGAAGAACUAAGCGACCCGGACGACGAAGACGACGAUAACGCCGAAGAAGACCCUGCAUCACACUCAAAAAGAUCUAAAUCAAAACAACAAAAAUCUAGACCUAAGAAACCGGCUGCGAAGCGCGCGAAGGUAAACGGCAACGCAACAACGGAUGUCGCGUCCGCCCCGAAUGCGCCCGCGGUCAGACUUCCGAACAGACCUAAGAAGACUGUCAGGGUUACCAUCGCUCAUCCUGACGGAGAUGGACUCUAUGCUGACAUCUUUGCAUCUGGCGAUUCUUCCGAUGAUGUUGCCGCGCACUGGUUCCAGCGCUACCAGGAGGAUGACGCCAAAGCUUUAACUGAAGUUAUUAACUGUGUUCUACUUGCCGCUGGCUGCGAGCAACAGUUGACAGAAGACGAUAUUCGAGACCCAGAUAACUCUGCGAACAGAUUAUCGGAAUUAGAAGAUGCCUAUCAACAGACCAGUAUAUCAGACUACCCCCUUAUUUCGAGGGCAAAGAGUAGCAAAAAUUUCCGCGAAUUACUUAUAGGCUUUUUUGAGUCCUUAGUCAGUGUACUCCACCAGACCGAUACCCUUUACGCCGAUGGAGAGCUAUUGAGCAACAUCCAAAGAUGGGUCGGUAUUAUGUCGUCAUCCUCCCUACGCCCCUUCAGACACACGGCUACGACUGUAGGGUUAGCGAUUCUUACUUCUCUUAUUGAAGUAACGAAGCAACUCGACGACCGGAUCACGAAGUCCAACCAAGCUUUACAGGCCGAAUCGAAUCGCCGAGGCAAGAAUAAGAAUCUUGUCGAGAACACAAAAAAGGCACUUGAGACUGCGAACAAUAACCGCGAAGCGAUCGAUACAAUGGUGAAGGACUUUUUCGAUAUAGUAUUCGUCCAUCGAUACCGCGAUAUUGACCCUAAGAUUCGUGCAGAGUGUAUUGAAGCAUUGGGUACCUGGAUUUGUACCCUCCCAACGGUCUACAUGUCCCCCGAAUACUUGCGAUACUUGGGUUGGCUAUUGUCGGAUAUUUCCGUAUCUACCCGACUAGAAGUUCUCAGACAACUGGCGAGGGUCCUGAAACGAGAUGCAGAAAAAUUGGCCCAUUUCAUCGACAGGUUCAGGCCUCGUCUAGUUGAAAUGGCUACGAAGGAUUCUGAUGUUUCUGUGCGCGUCGCAGCAAUUGGGGUUGUAGACAUACUCCGUGCCUCGGGUAUGCUUGAGCCCGAGGAAGUCGAUUCCGUCAGCAAACUUCUCUUCGAUUCUGAAAUCAGGAUCCGCAAAGCUGUUGUCAAUUUCUUUGCAGCGCUUGUUGAAGAACUCAUUGAAAACAAAGUCGAUGAGAUUGGUGGCACCGAUGUUCUAGAUGAAGUUUUUGGAGAUGAGGAAGAAGACGAGUAUGAUUCGCUCCGAAAGGAUUGGAUCAACAUCAAAGCCCUUGCAGAGAAUUUGGCCGUCUAUGAUGCUCAAUUAGACGAUGAGCAAGACGAAGUACGACACGGACUCGAUGUGGCGGCAGAUGUGGUCAAUGCCAAUAUGCCGGACUCUCGUAUUGCAUUGGCAACUCAAGUGCUGUACGAAAGGAUACCCGAAAUUAACAAUUGGCAGAUUCUUGCCGGCUAUCUGUUGUUUGAUCACUCAACAAGCGCAAAAUCUAGGCAAAGUUCGAAGACAAAUUCGGUUGAGACGGCUACUAAGAAGGCCGUUGCUCCCGAAUCCCGAGAAGAGGCCAUUCUAUUGGAGGUCCUUGCAACAGCCGUAAAGGAGAGCCUUGCGCCGUCAACAGAGCAUGAUAGACAUAAGAAGAGGCCUGGUAGGCUCGACUUGGAUGCUCAAGAUGAUGCUGGCAUGAAGCUAGCCUCACUCAUUCCUCGUCUAUUAAAUAAAUUUGGGUCCGACCCGGCAAUAGCGGCUACCGUACUCCGAUUGGAGCACUUCCUUGAUCUGGAAGUAUUUCAACAACUCCGCCAGAACUCUGCAACUUACGAUAAACUUCUUGAUGAGAUCACGACACAGUUUAACCGCCAUGUUGACCAAGGACUUCUCAAUGAGGCAGCUGCAGCGCUCAUCCAUGCUAGACAAUACGAAGAACUCGAAGAAUUGACCGAUACCAAGAUGGCUCUGUUGUGGGACAACUCGCUAAAUUCUUUACGAAGCAUAGACAAGAUUUGCGAACUAUCUGCUAGAGGUAAUCUCGAUCGGUCAAUACUCGCCGAAUUAUCUCAGACCUUGAUGAAGAUUAGCAAGUUGGUCACCAUUUCCGAUUGCGUGGACAUCCUGGAAACCCCGGGGACAUCGCGAGACUCAGACCAGCCUGCCAUCAAGAUCCUUACGGGUAUUGUGCACCGCGGUCUUCUCACAGAAUCAAACGAUGAGUUGGAUGACCCUGAAGAUGAAAUAGUUGCUUUCGCUAUAAAGGCGUGCCAAUUCUAUUUCAUGUGGAAGAUAAGGAGAUUACGUAGCAUCGUUGAAAGCGAUGCUGAUAUACCAGAUGCGGAGGUUGACCAACUCGUCCUCUUGCGAAAGGAUUUCGUUACGAACCUCAUACAAACCUUCUCGUCCCGAGGAUUCAAUGACGAUCUUCGUCUCUUUGCUGUCGGUAACGCCUGCGAUCUAUGCGGAUUAUUCGUCUUCCUACGACCUGUAAUUCAAGACCCGCAAGCUUCCAAAUACAAAAAGCUGCGUCCUCUCCUUGAAGAAAUGCCCCCAGCUCUGAUUACUCAAGAGAUCAUCCCCAUAUUCGACGCCGCGGAACGUGCAUACGCAAAGCGAGCGAAGAAACAACUCAACGAUCCUGUGGAUGAUGAGGAUCCCAUGGACGACGAGUUACCGCCCGAGGAUGAUGAAGAUGAGGAGCUCACAGAGCAAGAGCGCUUCGCGGCCGAACUAAAAGCCGAGAAGAUAUUAUGCGAGCUCACUGGUAAGCUGGUCCUUGCCAUUCUGGCAAAGACUAUCGACCAUAGUGGACCAGAUGCUGGCAAGCUACGAAAGCGACUCAAUCGUAAUAAGACGAAGCUUGGCAAUAACUACCGGGAUGUCGUAGCAUACUUAGACGAAGAUCACCUUCGUGAGCUACGAGGUGGAAAGAAGAAGCCUGCAUCCAAAUCAAAGGGCAAGGAAGCUGCCAAGAAGCCCGCAAUCAGUGCAGAGUUGGUUAUUGAGGACGAUGACGACGAUGAGGUUCCGAGGGUGGAUGACCCAUUUGAGGAGGAAGCCGAGCCUGAAGAGGGCACCGUCGAGGACUUAAGACGACGGGAACUUCUUGAUGACCCGAUCGAAGAUGACGAGGAUGAGGAGAGACCUGCUGGUGGUGAACCUAUGGAAGACGACGAUGUCAUAGGGGAUUGAUUGAUUAAUGAACGAGCUAGUGCUGUAAUGAAAACAAAACUACCUAUUGCUAUUACUACUACUUGAUUAUUCUUGUACCUACGUUUAUUACCCCAGCUUUCUCCUAUUCUUGUUUUUUUUUCUGUUUCACGGCUUGGACGGAAAUAUGGCAGGCAGGCAUGAAUGAUAUGGGGCGAGGAAGGCAGGCCUUAGAGUUGAUUGAUUGAUAUGAGAUUCUCUUCAUCUUUUCGAUCUGCCGGGAUGCAGGUGUUGCGUGUGAGGAGUCUACUGUGAUUGAUGUGAUACCUUGGCUUGGGAUGUUCCCUUCUUGAGAUGUUAGCUCCCAAGACGGUGCUAAGUGAAUGGGUCUAUCAGAGCUACUUGUAUUAGUUAGGAUUUGAUAAUUCUACUCAUGUUUAGAAUGUCGGCUUGUGGAUGUGAAGUGGAUGUAUAUGUUGUAACCUCCUCUUGCUAUGAUGGGCUUCACAUGCAUGGAUAAAAACGAAGGAAAAACGAGGAAAUUUUUUUAUCAAU